AUGAGAGCGGAUAAUUUGAAAGGUCUUGAAGACGAAGGAGUUUUAAAAUUAGGCCGUGCAGAAACGAUUUCAACGACAGCUGUGUAUGAUGAGAAAGUAAAUGAAAAAAGCGAAGAAUUAAAUACGUUAAUAUCAACUAGAUGUACAACAGACAAGGCAAUUGAGAUUGGUGCUCAUAAAGAUGCUUCAGCAGCUUCUAAUGUAGAUGACUCAAAUGAAAACGAUGAAGACCAAACUGUAACGCCUUUGAAUCAGAAAAUUGAUGAAGAAUUUGUCACCAAGGUAUACAUACCACCGAAGCCAGCGAAGCAACCCAAUCACUUCGUUGAUGACAUUUAAUAAUAUAAAAUAUACAAGAUUAAGUGUUUCUCAAUUUUAA